CGGCGGUGCUGGCGGAGUGUCAGCGGCAGUGGGGCGCAACGUUCCCCGGAUGGACGGCGGGGGGAAACUGCGCGGACGCAUUUGCCUUGGUGUGCGAUUCGGAUGGCAUGAUUGUGAAAAUGACGCUGGAGAAAUAUGGCACCGAUGGGGCGUCACUGGGAUCCAUUCCCCAUGCCCUCAGCAACCUCUCUCGCCUCUCAGUGCUGUCACUGUCUGAGAAUGCCAUGACCGGCCCUAUCCCUCCAUCACUCGCCAACCUCCCAAAACUCAACACCCUGAGCCUCUACAGCAACAACCUCACAGGCAGCAUACCUUCGACAUUCAGCCAACUCAAGCUGCUCGUUUACAUGGACCUGUCCAACAACCUGCUGUCAGGACGCAUUCCAUCGCAGCUGUCCAGUCUUGGCCGCCUCACCCACCUGGACAUAGGUUACAACAGCCUCACAGGCACCAUCCCCGCAUCCCUCGGCUCCCUCCUCACCCUGCAGUACCUCUUUCUCAACGACAACCAGCUGAUAGAUUCGCUGCCUCUGUCUCUCAGCAGCCUGUCCAAGCUCAAAGUGCUAGCCCUUCAGGACAACCAUCUAUCGGGCAGCAUUCCCGAAUCAUUGGCUAACCUGAAUCAACUCAGCGCCCUCCUUUUGUCUGGCAACACUCUGGAAGGAUCCAUCCCCUCCUCCUUUGGCCGCCUCUCCAAACUCACCUCACUUGGAUUGGCCGGCAACGAGUUGACUGAUUCUAUUCCCUCAGAUCUUGCUUCACUCACAGCUCUCAACUAUCUGAGCUUGAGCGACAACGGGUUGUCUGACGGCAUGCCCACCUUCAUUGGCAACCUCACCUCCCUCAUCUACCUUUACCUGAGCAACAAUCAGCUGCAAGGGUCAUUACCUCCCUCCAUUUGGGCUCUUCCUGCUCUCAUUGAACUGGACCUAUCCGACAACAUGCUCACUGGAUCCAUCCCAUCAUCAAUCACUUCUCUUGACGGCCUCUCCUCCCUCAACUUAGCUGGGAACAGCAUUACUGGCUCAAUCCCCGAUGCUCUCGGCAAUCUCACCACUCUCACAUUACUGGACCUGGGCAACACGCAGCUAGGUAGUUCCAUGCCAUCCUCCCUUGGUGGUCUUACCCAGCUCGUUUACCUGCAAGUGCAGAACAGCCAGCUCAAGGGUUCCCUCCCUGCCUCGCUCGGGUCCAUCACCUCUCUCACCACCCUUGACAUCAAUGGCACGGGUCUCACAUGCCCUGCCCCUGGCACCAGCUGCAUUGUGUCACAGAACCGCUCCUCCACUUUCUGUUCAGUGUGCCGAGCCUUCUGCUCCGCCUGUAUCCCACCUUCUCCCUCGCCUCCGCCCUCGCCUCCCGCACCUCCCGUCGACUCCCCUCCACCCGCCAGUCAGCCAGGCCUACCCACAGGAGCCAUCGUCGGUAUUGCAGUGGCGGGGGGGCUCCUGCUGCUUGCCCUGGCUGCUGCCGCUCUCUGGAUCUGGCACACCCGGAAUCGAGAAGUGCCACACAAGCAACACAAGCAAGCAUCACGGCUGAUCCGCAAGUACAGCCUAGUCCCGCCCAUGUGCCAGCAGUUCUCACUGGAGGACAUGGAGCAGGCCACCAACAACUGGGCCAAGGCCAACCUGCUGGGUCCAUCUCCCGUCUUGCUCUAUGCCCCCUCUCUCCCUUUGCACUGCUACCUCUUCCCUCCUCCCCUCUCCCACACCUUCCCCGCCCACCAGGUGACUCAGGUGGCCACGAAGCACCACCUGAAUUUGGUGACUCAGAUGGCAACAAAGCACCAUCCGAACCUGGUGCGGCUGCUGGGGUUCUGCAUAGACGUGGAGCCUGAGACAGCGCACGUUGAGCAGAUCCUCGUCUACGAGUUCGUGCCCAACGGGGACCUCGAGAAGAGGAUGGCGCCAGGUGCAUACACCGCUCUUGGCCGCUCUCAGCCGCCUCUUAUCCAGAUUCCUUUCUCCUAG